AAAAUUCCUCGUCAUUGCUCUGUUGUCUCUCCCCCAACGCUUCUCUUAUCCUAAACACUGUGUUCUGUCUUUACUUCGCCAUUUCCAUUCUUUCUUCAUCUCUAACAAUAAAUAAAUAAAAAAACAGCUAACUUUAUUCAAACAACCAACCCAUCACACCUUUGUUGUGGCGUAAUCAAAUUCUUCUGGUUGUCAUAAAACCAACCAAAAUGCCCAACCACCGCCUCGUCCUCUUGUUCCUCCAUCUGUCCGCCGUUCUUGGCGCCGCCGACGAUGGCGCAACGAUUCUAAAAAUAGCUUCAUCUUUCCAUCCAGCUCCCAGCGGCUGGUCUUCCACCUCUUCAGACAACUAUUGCCACUGGCCAGGCCUAAAUUGUGAUGCAUCCAACCGUGUUACUUCCAUCAACCUGUCUUCCAAAUCCUUGUCUGGAACUGUUUCUCCCGAUAUCUCCUCGUUAACCGAACUCCGUAGUGUGUCUCUUCAGCGCAACUCUUUAUCUGGGACCAUCCCAUCUUUCGCCAAACUCUCCAGCUUACAAAUCAUUUACCUUGACGGCAACGCGUUCACCUCAGUCUCUCCAGACGCGUUCUCAGGAUUGACCAAUCUGCAAACUUUGAGUAUGAGUGAUAAUAUGAACCUAAGUCCAUGGACUUUCCCAGAUUUAGCCCAAUCUACAGGCCUUGUCGAAGUUCAACUAGACAACACCAGCUUGUUCGGUACCUUGCCUGAUAUCUUCGAUUCUAUGAACAGUUUACAAAGUAUUAGGUUGUCUUACAACAAUUUGAGCGGUAUAUUGCCGGCUUCUCUUGCUGGUUCUAUGAUUCAAAAUCUUUGGAUCAACAAUCAGAAUGGUGGGUUCACAGGUACUCUAGAAGUUUUGUCCAACAUGACACAGUUGUCUCAGGUUUGGCUUCAAAAAAAUAUGUUUACGGGUCCGAUCCCAGAUUUGUCUAAAUGUAUUGGUCUGUUCGAUCUGCAGCUAAGAGACAACCAGUUGACAGGGCCUGUUCCGAAAUCUUUAAUCAAUCUUCCGAAUUUGAAGAAUGUUUCCUUGUCUAAUAAUAAAUUGCAGGGUCCUUCACCAAAGUUUCCUAGCUCAGUUGAGAAAGUUACUGUUAAUGGAAUCAAUCAUUUCUGUACGGAUAAUGGGGAUCCUUGUGAUCCUCAAGUUGCUAUAUUGCUUGAGAUUGCGGCAGGUUUUGGGUACCCUGUUUUCCUUUCUGAUAAUUGGGCUGGAAAUGAUGCUUGUAAAUUGCCUUCUGUUGCUUGUGAUGCACAAAGGAAUGUGAUUACGGUGAAUCUUGCAAAGAAAAAUUUGGCUGGGACGAUUUCUCCGGCCUUUGGGAACCUCACGUCAUUGAAGAAUUUGAACCUGAAUGAUAAUAAAUUAACAGGUCCGAUUCCUGAUGGUCUGACUAAGUUGAGUAGUUUGCAGCUUCUUGAUGUGUCUAAUAACAAUCUUAGUGGAAACAUCCCGACAUUUUCGAGUUCAGUAAAAUUUGCUUACUCGGGGAAUAGUUUACUAGGAAAAUCUGGUGGUUCUGGUGAUGGAGGAACUUCAGGUUCUGGUGCAUCAGAUGGAGGUUCAGUUGAUAACUCAAAAAAUGGUGGCAAUGAUAAGAAUUCGAUUGCUCUGAUUAUAGGUAUUGUUGUUGGUGUAUUAAUUUUCGUUGCUGUUGUCUGCUUUGUUUCUUAUAAGUAUAUUAUGAACAAGAAGUAUGGGAAAUUUGGUAAGAUGGAGGGUAGUGAUACUGAGAAGGGAGUAGUUAAGAAUGGGGCGAUGGGUGGUGGGAUGAAUGGGCAUGGGGGAGUUCCUGGUGAAAUGCAAAGCCACAGCAGUGGUGAUCAUAGUGACAGCCAUUUCAUUGAGGGUGGAAAUGUUGUGAUCUCAAUGCAAGUCCUACGACAGGUGACUGAUAAUUUCAGUGAGGCUAAUAUUUUAGGGAAAGGGGGUUUCGGGGUUGUGUAUAAAGGGGAAUUCCAUGAUGGCACACAGAUUGCUGUCAAGAGGAUGGAGUGUGUGGCAACAGGUACUAAAGGAAUGAAUGAGUUUCAGGCUGAGAUUGCAGUGCUUACAAAGGUUCGGCAUAGGCAUCUGGUUGCACUUUUGGGUUACUGUAUUAAUGGUAAUGAGAGGCUCUUGGUUUAUGAGUAUAUGCCUCAAGGUACCCUUGGUCAGCAUCUCUUUGAAUGGCCGGAAAAUGGCUAUGCUUCACUCACAUGGAAGCAGAGAGUCACCAUUGCACUUGAUGUUGCACGGGGGGUGGAGUAUUUGCACUCUCUUGCACAACAAAGUUUCAUUCACCGGGACUUGAAGCCUUCCAACAUACUUCUCGGGGAUGACAUGAGGGCAAAGGUUUCAGAUUUUGGCCUUGUUAAGAAUGCACCUGAGGGAAAGUACUCUGUAGAGACAAGAUUGGCAGGAACAUUUGGAUAUCUUGCUCCUGAAUAUGCUGCAACUGGAAGGGUGACUACUAAGGUGGAUGUCUAUGCAUUUGGAGUGGUCUUGAUGGAGAUAAUCACUGGCAGAAAAGCUCUCGAUGAAACCUUACCUGAUGAGAAGUCACAUUUAGUCACAUGGUUCCGCAGGGUCCUAAUCAACAAAGACAACGUUCCAAAAGUGGUUGAUGAUACAAUCAACCUUGAUGAUGAGACAAUGGCGAGCAUCUUCAAGGUAGCUGAGCUGGCAGGUCACUGCACAGCUCGUGAACCGUAUCAGCGACCCGAUAUGGGGCAUGCAGUCAAUGUGCUAGGCCCUCUUGUUGAGCAGUGGAAACCUACCAGCCAAGACGAUGAUGAAAACUCAGGCAUUGACCUUCACAUGAGCCUUCCUCAGGCUCUACAAAGAUGGCAAGCAGAUGAAGGUAUGUCAACAAUAUAUGGUGAUAUAUCAUAUUCCGAAACCCAGUCAAGCAUUCCCGCAAUACCCUCGGGAUUUCCAAACUCGUUCAGCUCAACCGAUUGCCGGUGAUGGAAAUGGAAAAACCGACAUAAUUUCGAAGAGGUAUGACUGUAAAAGCUGCAAAGAGGGCAAAAAAAAAAAAAAAAGCCGGUUGGGCUACAGUCCAGUUGAUUGCGAAGAGUAUUAUGGUCAUAUUAUGUUUAUUAAUUCAGUUUGUUCUCUUAUCUUUAUUUGUGCUAAGCCUGAGCCAAUAGAGCUGUUGUUGUUUCUUAUUAAAUUCUUCAAAAGCUAACCAAUCGAUUUGUUUUGUUGGUGGAGCUUUUACACAGGAAGUAGAGUUUUGGAGGAAAGGGAGAGAAAAUUUGUAUCAUAUUCUUUCAACCUUUUCCAUUGUAAUGUAUAAUUAUUGUUUUCAAUCA